AUGCCAGAUCCACUAAGUAUUAAGAGUAUGAAUACAUCAUUACUUUAUAAAAAAAAGGGAGGUUCUUAUUCUUAUUCUGAAAGGGGAUCCGUUUCUAGCUUUAAGACAAUGACUAGAACUGAGUCUUUAGCUAUUUAUGGGUUAUUUGUAGAAGAGCCAGAAACUCUACCUGGAUUAGGAGGUGUUAUUGAGGGUUCAUCUUUAAGUGCUGCUACAUCUGCAAUGAUAAAUACAAUGAUUGGUAUUGGAACAUUAGCAAUUCCAUUAGCAUAUGCAUAUAAUGGUUUAAUUCAAGGUAUGAUAAUGACUAUUAUAUGUGCUUUAUUAUCAUCAUUUUCAUUAUUUUUAUUAUCUAGUAUAGCAGUUAAAUUUGGUGAUGAUGUAAGUUUUUAUGCUGUAACUGCCAUAGCUAUGCCAAGUCUUAAAUGGGUUGUUGAUAGUGCAAUUGUUAUAAAGUCAUUAGGUGUAGCAACAUCUUAUUUAAUGGUUGUAGGAGAUUUAUUAUAUUCUCUUUCAUUUUCAUCUUUCCCACAUGGUAUAAAUCCAAAAAUAAUAAGAGCAAUUUUAUUAUUAACAGCUGUUAUUUUCUUUAUUGCACCAGCUUCAUUCCCACACCAAUUAAAGUCUAUGAAAUAUACCAAUUGGAUAAGUGUUGGAUGUAUACUUUAUGUUGUUUUACUUGUUGCAGUUAAAUUUGUUUUAUGUGCAUUAGGGUAUCCAUCAAUUAGUAUAGAUAAACCAGCUUAUUUUUCAAAUAAUAUUGACUGGUUUAGUACAUAUUCAAUAAUAAAAAGUUUACAAACAUUUCCAAUUUUAAUAUUUGCAUUUGCAUGUCAACAAAAUAUCUUUACUGUGAGUAAUGAAUUACAUUAUAGAACUUUACCAAGAUUAUCUCUUAUUAUUUUUAUUUCAAUUACAAUAGGUAUAUUAGUUUAUUUUAUAAUUGGUAUAUCUGGAUAUUUAUUAUUUGGAAGAUUAAUUACAAAAGCAAAUAUGUUAGAAUUAUUUGUAGAAAAUUCAAUUGAAUUAUUAAUAGGGAGAUUUUUCAUUGCAGUAUCAAUGUUAUUUUCAUUUCCUAUACAAUGUCAUCCAUGUAGAAGAUCUCUCUCUAUAUUACUUUAUAGUGGUGUUAAAGAAAUGGAGCCUAAUACUGAGAAGAGGGUUUUAGAUCUUAUAACAAUAGUGAUAUUAUUUAUAACUACUAGUUGUGCUAUAUUUUCUACAAACCUUGGUCUUGCAUAUGAAUUAAUUGGUACUGUAUGUAGUAAUACAACUGCAUUUAUUAUACCUCCAAUUUUAUAUAUAAAGAUAUUUGAGGAAGAUGGUUUGACAAUAACAAAUUUGAUGGCAUAUGGAUUAUUAAUUAUUGGAUUUUUGAUAUUAAUUCUUUGUUUAGGUGCAAUUUGUUUGAAUCUCUUAGUAUAA